CCAGGCAGCAUUUAAUUGUAGAGUGCAAAGGCUUGAGUUGGACUAAUGAGCUAAGGACCGCAGCUGACACAGUUCCACUUACUCUCUGAGAAAACAGAAUGCCACAUGGAGUUCUUCACCAGAGGAGCUUCACAAAGCGAAUGGAAUUCAGGUGGUGGGGAAAGAAGGAAUUCUCAAAUCAAGGUACAGCCGACUAUGUGAGAGAAUAUACCAGAGGCAGGGAGCCGUAAGAGGUGGGGAAAGAGAGGAGAGCGGGAGAGGGGAGGGGAGGAGACGGGAAAUACACUGCCAGAGAGACGGAGAGAGGGAGAGACUGGACGCCUGCAGCAGCAAAUGAGACAGAACAACGAGGCGGGAGAGGUAGAAACACAGACAGAGAGGGAGGGAGGUGGAGAGGGGCCCCUUGUAGGAUAGAGGGCUACAGGGUGAGGAAGAAGAAGGAGCAAGAAAAAGUUAGAAGAAGUAGAAGGAAGAGGGUUUGAGGAAAGUACGCACUCAAGGAUUAACAGUUACGGGAGAGAGGACGAAGGGAAACAACAGACAGGAAGGAAGGGGAGGGAGAAGUCUUGGGGAGAGUGUAAAAAAGAGCUGGGGAAAAGUUUACUUGUGGGAAGACGCAGAUGAGGAAAACAGAGCGAGUGAAUGACUGGGCGAGAGAGAUCUUGGAGGGGAGGAAACCCGCUGUUUACUAAGGCGUUUUCGACACAGGUCUUUGGGCUUCUUUGGACAUGUACACAGAAAGCUCACAACCAACGGGACACCAUCGAUUUCUUCAGCACAGCAACACCACCACCCCCUGCUCCUGCCAGUACUGCAUCUACGACAAUGAGCCAUUUGACAAUCACCACGGGUCCGGAUACCUGCCAGCAUCAGCCAGCCGGACAGACCACCCGCCUUUGGCCAGCAGGAGAGACAUCCAGGCUCCAUGGGUUAAAGACGUAGGAGGCAGAGCUCUCCUAGUGGAUAGGGUUGAAAGGAAUGGUCCUCGAAGCCCACAGAGGAAGCCUGUGUUUGCAGGGCUGGGCCCUUACAGCCAGUCAAAUGACUGCAACCAAGUCUACCCCUGGGAACUGAACCCUGCCCAGUGGAACUACCCUCCGGAGCCUGGGGUGAGACACUACUCAUCUGUGAGAGAACAGUGUGGCUGUGUGGUGCACGGCGACACCAGGGCACACCCCUUCCACACCGGGAUACCACACCCACUCCCUCAUCUUCAGGUCAAAGGUCAGGGAUACACACGCAGGAGGACCGUCCGGUACAUAUCUGUGGAUGAGGAGGAGGACUGCGGAUGCAGCUCUGAGAACUAUCAUUUGGAGACCCAUAAUCCACAGUUGUGUCAUUUGCACAUGCAAAAUGGCCACAGUGGACCAAGACCUGUGUUCUUUGAGGGAGGGGAGGAAAGAGAUAACCAUCAGGACUGUUGCAAGCUGAAGGGUGGAUCAGAGAAGGGUUUUAAUGGUUGCGGUGGCUCUUAUAAAGGAUUCUUCCCCACUGAAGUCCCACUACAGCAUUUGAACCAAAGCAGACGGAAGGGGUCCUGUGCCCCUGCCCCCACCAUCACCUGUUUAGAAACCUCCAAAUUGCAAAGCAACAAUGAGCACCAGAACGCGGGUACGGAGGUGAUGAAGCAGAGAAGGAAGCAGGAUUCGGUGAGGGAUCAAAUCCGACAAGUGGUGACAGAUCUGGAGGACGUUCUGGGGGGUUUGAAGCAAGUUCACAUUGAGAUGAAAGAGGUGGUCCAGCAGAUUGACCGUCUUACAGCCAACAUUGAUGUCAGUGAGGAGGUGUCUGUCCAUGCAUCUUUAAACCACCUUCACACCUCAACUCAUUUAGGAGAUCUCAGGGUAGCGCAGCUGCCCAAUCCAAUGUCUGCCUCAGCACAGGCGUCACCGGAAGCUGAGGAAGACCGCAUCAUCCUCAGAACUAACUCUCCCUCUCCUGUCCACAUGGCUUCAGUUGUCAAAACCAGCCACUUCAUCCCACCCAGUCACCACAAAGUCCAACAAAAGCUCGGCGUCAACGGCCACCUGCCUCAUCCUUUUCCCACCCGAGACUCCAACCACACUGACCAAACAUGUCCGGAUCACCACCCACAAGCCCUCAACCCAAAAGUCAUCACCGGGAACAGCACCGCCAAUCCCAGAACUCAAAAGCCCCCGCCUUACCCGCAAAAUGGCCGCUGUGGGAAAGGCCCGAACCCAACACACAAGUCUGUGAAGACCCCGGCCUACCCCGUGAGAGCACGCCAGAGCACCAGCAUGGUGUGAAGGCGGGGGUGCUCUGCUCCAGUACCGUUCGGGCCUGAAACACGAGCCCCAGGCUGCAGUGUGUGGCGGUCAGAGUGGGACCAAGCAGGGGAACAACUUGUGCAGGAGCUGACGCCACUGACACCCGCUGUCAGCCGGUGAGAACUGAGCAUGGCCUGAAGGUGGGGAUAUUUCCAAAGAGAAAACUUCCUCAAGCGUUGACUUGCCACUGUGUGUCACGUGAGCACAAAAGUGAGGAGGACAAGCGAUCUGAAAUUAAGCUGGCCAUGUUUGUCUAAUAAUGAGACCAAUUAGGUGCAGACUGUUACUCAUCAACCACCAACUGAAACAUAAAUGUACAUUUUCAUGAUAAUCUAAUUUAUUAUUUUUCUAUUUUUCAUCAAAAAAUAUCUAUUUUUUGGUAGCUAUAGACUACAUAGAAGCUAAAGUAUUGUUGACUAUAUCGAGGUUUAUGUCACGUUAACAGCUGUAAAGAUAUUUUAAAUAUAGAAUAUAUAAAACUGUUUUUCACUCCUCUACAUGAUUGUUGCAGCAUGUAGUGUGAAAGGACAACAAAGUUGUGAGCAACAGGAAAGUAGCUCAGGCAGAGCAAAGACUGAAUUGCAAUACAUUGAAUUCUCUUGCACUUUCUCACAAAUAUCAAUUCGACAUCCCAGUAAUCUCAUUCUAGAGAUGGUUCACUGAUUGUUGAAUGUCCAAUAUUUGAAUUUGAAAUAAAGCAAUGACACCAGCAUUUUCAUCAGACGUGUAAGUUGUUGAAAUACUUCUUGAGCUGAUCUAGAAAUGGCAGUGUGUGGUCUCUCUUGCCUAUUGUGGCCAGCCAGGCUAGCAUCUGUGUCUGUGUUUGUUUAAAUCUUGUCUGAGAAUUUCA